AUGAUAGACAUGACAAAAAUUACUACAGAAGAUGGACCCAAGCACGACUUCAGCGAGAGUUUCUACGACUUUUGCAAAGUGCAUGGGCACACCGCUUCCUGGUCCAGAUUCCACAAGAAAGCAGCUGCGGUUACUGCCAUUGCAAUGACAGGGACGGACAAUCCUUCAGUUCUAGUAGGCCCUGCAGCGCAGGGCCCUAUAUUUGCUGCACCCGCCCACCAGUUUUCGAUGACACUGGUGCACAGAUAUCCAUCAUUCGCGAGAAUGAGAUUCCUUACGGAGAUAGGGUUGACAGGCACCAAUUCGUCACAAAGGAAAGCCUCAACCACGUUAAGAUGUUCUUGCCGACUGUGUGGUCGAAUGUCACCCGACCUCACCGCUCUAGGUAUGUACUAUGGAGGUUAUACCGUCCUCCUAGGACAAGAUUGUAAGCCUCCUUUUACCUUUCACAGUCCCAGGGCCCCGCAGUUCUUUAUAUACCUCCAGACCAAUCCUGGAGGGACCUGGGGCAACCCGAACAAGAUCCCCCUCCUGGGCGUGGCAGAAGAGUCUCUUACACAGGCGCAUGCUGGUCAUACAAAAGGUGGGCACAAUUUCUCGGAAAAUUUUCAUCUAACCUUCUUCCAGCCUCUUCUGAUCAUUCUGGUGUGUGUGGGCGUUGCCUCUUGCCAUAAUGGGUCCUACAUCCUGGAUUCCAGAGGCGUCGACGCCCAGCAGGGGCUCCUUCCAGCACGACAGCUCUACGACAACUACGAGGCCUUCUCAGACGCCUUCAGGCGACGAUCUCAGGAGAUGGCCAGGGAGUACAGCUUGGACCAGACUGUCUACAACGACCCUAACCCCGAGUACACCUGGGCUUAUGCCGUCGACGCCAAAUCCACCGGGGACAUGAAGUCUGCCAGAGAGGAGCGUCGAGGGGACGUCGUUGUGGGUCAGUAUUCUGUCAUGGACCCUGAUGGCACUCUGCGCACAGUCGACUACUCGGUCGCUCCAGGCACUGGAUUCCAGGCCAAGGUCACCAAGGAGAGGGCUGAUGGCGUUUCCAGCAGUCCAGUCACUACAUACAGCCAACAGAAUCAGUAUUCCCAGUACCAAAGGCAGCAGUACAACCAGAAUCAACAAUCCUACAGGAAUCAAAACCAGGAAUCUCUCUCCCUGAAUCAAAGGAACAACAGGAAUUAUUACCAAAAUCAGUUCCAGAACCAGCAAUACAGAUAUGAAAAUGGUGAACGUUUCCAGAACCAGCAGUCAAACAGGAAUUACUUCCAGGACCAACAGUCUAAUAGGGACAACUUCCAGAACCAACAGUACUACAGACAAAAUUCCCAGAAUCAAAACAGGAAUGAUCCCCAGUUCAGGAACAAAGAUGGGAAUAACUAUUCCAGUCAACGUUAUGGAUCCAACACAAAUUACUUCAACAAUGAUCAGUACAAUUCCCAGAGAAGUUUGUAUUCUAGGGAUUCAAACAACUUCCAGUCAUUUGCUCAACGUUAUGGAAACACAAACAGACAGAAUUAUAACCAGUACAACACCAAUUACAAUCACAACCAGCAAACUCAACUCCAGCGAGCUAACGACUACAACCAGUACAACAGAGACUCCACACAAUACACCACAGAUAGGUAUGGCAACAACAAUUACAACUCCCAGGAACAGAACAGCAGAUACAACCUGAACAACCAGAAUAGAAACAACCAAUACAACCGAAAUCAGAAUGAAAACCAGUAUUACAGAACCCAGCAGAGAAACAACCAGAGACAACAGUACAAUAACAACAACAACAACAAUAACUGGAACAGAGAUUCAAACUACAGCAACAACCCUGACUACUACCAGAGGUCACAGUACCAACAAGGAAAUCAGUUCCAGAGGUCACAGUACAACAGAGAAGGUCAGUACCAGGGUUCCCGGUUCUCACAGAACCAGCAGAGAAGCCUGACCCAGCAGAACUCAAGACAGAACUCCCAGUUCUACUCUCGCCAGAACUUCCAGAAUCAGAACAGGUACAGCCAGAGCUACGCUCCCAUCAGUGUGGUUCUCAUUAUCUUAAUAGCUGCGGUCUUUGUGGGCGUGGCCUUCUCUGAUGACGGGUCCUACAUCCUGGAUUCCAGGGGGGUCGAGGUGGAGCAGGGUCUGAACGCCCCCUCCAGACAACCUCUACUGAAAACCACGACGACCUUCUCAGAGGACUUCAAGCAGCGAUCCCAAGAGCAGGCCAGGCAGUACACCCUCGAUCAGACUGCCUACAAUGAUCCUAACCCCCGCUACACAUGGGCCUACGCUGUCGAUGCCGAGUCGACGGGUGACCUGAAGUCCGCCAGGGAGGAGCGUCGAGGACCAACCGUCAGGAAGGAGGAAGGACAAAACGCCAUCCAGAAAUCACGCGAGCAGUACCAGCCAGUACCAGAGCCAACAGAGCAGCAGAAACCAACAGCAGCAGCAGUACCAGAGACUGAACAGAAAUCAGCAGAAUUAUCAGCAGUCCAGCUCGAACCAGAGACAGCAGAAUGUCGACGUACAGAAUGGCCGCAGAAACGACCAGUACGCCCAGUUCCAGAGCCAGAGGAUCAUAUCAGUCGAAUGACCGUCGUGAUUUCCAGGACUCAAAGAAACAACAGGAAUGAACUCCAGACCCAAUUCCAGAACCAGAGGGAGAAUAGAAACGAAUUCCAGACCCAAUUCCAGAACCAAAGGGAAAACAGGAAUGAGUUCCAGAAUCAGUUCCAGAUCCAGAGGGAAAAUCGUAAUGAAUUCCAAAACCAGUUCCAGAACCAGAGAGAAAACAGAAAUCAAUUCCAGAACCAGUUCCAGAGCCAAAGGGAAAACAGGAAUGAACUCCAAACACAGUUCCAGAACCAGAGGGAAAACAGGAAUGAGUUCCAGAACCAGUUCCAGAACCAGAGGGAAAACAGUAACCAAUUCCAGAACCAGUUCCAGAACCAGAAGGAAAACAGAAACGAAUUCCAGACCCAAUUCCAGAACCAGAGGGAAAACAGAAAUCAAUUCCAGAACCAGUUCCAGAACCAGAGGGAAAACAGAAACGAAUUCCAGACCCAAUUCCAGAACCAGAGGGAAAACAGAAAUGAAUUCCAGACCCAGUUUCAGAACCAGAGGGAAAACAGGAACCAAUUCCAGAACCUUCAGCAGCAACUCCAGCAGAACUAUCAGAACGAAAACCGUUUCCAGACUGAGCAGACGAGACUGAGUCAGUUCCAGGAUCAGCAGAACUACAGACAAAAGUCACAGACUGAGAACAGAGACAACUUCCAGCUCAGUCGGGUUCCAGGAUCUGGAGUCAUCCUCAAGAGCUCCGACCUCAACCAGAAGCGCUACGGAGAGAACAGAAACCAUCUCUUCAACAAUGAACAGCUGAACAGCGAAAGGAACAAUCUGUAUUCCACGAACUUCGACACCAAUGAACAGAAUGUGAACCGUUACGGAAAUAUCAAUAAUUAUCAGUACGAACAGAGGCAAGAUGGAAGCCGUUACGGUCUCAACCGUCAAAACCAGAUUCAGGACAACACGAAUGACCGUCACCAGUUCGACAGGGACCAGAGGACCGGUGGACAUCAGUAUAACCAGGAGAACUCAGUCAAUCAGAGGCAACAGCAACAGUCCACAAGAUACAGUGAAAACACCAAUAACCAAAACAGACUGAACCAAUACAACCAAAAUAGCCAAAGCCAAAACGAAAACCAACGCUACGGAUCUGCCGAGUUCAGGAACCAAGUCCAGAGAUCACAGGGUUUCUCGAACGAUGAGAACCAAUACCAGAGGGUUUACCCCACCCGGGAGAAUCAAUACCAGAGGUCGCAGUACGACCAAAAUCAUCAGUAUAAUCAGAGAUCAAGCAACACCCAGAGACAGAAGAGUUCCCAGUUCUCUCAGAACUACCAACAGCGUUCCAGCCAGCAACAGAACCUUCGUCAGGGCCAGCAGUACUCUUCAGUAGUGUCCCAGAACCAGAACCAAUAUGGAAGGACUUACUCUCCCGUCAGCGUCGUACUGGCUGGGAGAUCUUAAGUUGGCAACUCUUACGAACUUUGGCACUACAAGAAAAGAGAGCUUAUUGGACCGGGCUAUAAAAUUGCCGAACUUUAGUUUACAGAAUAGUUAGAAAUAUUUCAUUUGGUUUAUGAAUGGUCUGACCACCUGCACAAAAAAACUUAUAAAAAUAUGACCUCAUUUGUGAAUGCUUGGUUGAGUGUGACCUGGUACUUAGAACCAUUUGACUACUCAAUCUAGACCUAGUCAUGUCAAAUUAGAACCACAUCAAGAUAGCAUUUUUCUCAAUGGAAGAUUUAUGAGAUAUGUCUUUCAAAACUAUGAUUUCGCAUAGCAUUAUCAUCUCAUUAAUACAUGAAAAAUAUGCUAAUAACUAUAGAAAUAUCUGUGAUAAUGUCUUCAUCUGAAAACACAUGUAACAUCUUAUGCUGUGGAAACAUCUUAUGUUGUAGAAACAUCUUAUGUUUCCAGAGACCUUCCAACAGGUCUUACAGUGUUGUA